AAAUUACUAGCCCCGAAGAACGACAUAAGGUCGUUGAAAGUCCAAGUGGUUGCCUCGUUCUGCAACAUCAAGCUGAAUAUUCCCCAGUUCGAAAUCGGGAAGGAUGACAAGACGCAGGAGUUCCUUAAUUACUCCCCCCUUGGUAGACUCCCCGUAUUAGUAACCCCUAGUGGAAGCCUAUUCGAAAGUAAUGCCAUUAGUAAGUACCUAUGCAACAUAAGGAGGGAAAACAACCUAUUGGGAAAAGGAGCCUUUGAAGAAGCACAAGUAAACAUGUGGGUAGAUUUUAAUACCUACGAAUUAGAGAUACCAGUCUGUUGCUAUAUUAGCAAUAAAUCGAACGAAAAGUCCCAAAAACAUAUACAAGAAACAUUUGCCUGUUUGAAUAAGCAUUUAUUGUUAAACCAAUUUAUGGUGGGAAAUGGAAUAACCCUAGCAGAUUUAUUCAUAUGUGUUAUUAUAUGCUUUGCAAUGAAAUCAGAUAAAAUGGAUGAAAAUUUUUUAAAAAAAUAUGGGAACUUAUUUCGACUGUACAAUACAAUAAGUAAUCAGAAGCAGUUCAAAUAUGUGUUUGCCAGUCAACAGGGGGUAGGUAAAAAAGGAGGUGCCCAAGAUAAGAAUGUACAAAAAAAUGCAAACAAUGAGAAAAAGAAGGAUAAGAGUAACAAAAAGAAAGAUAAUAAAAAUGACGAUGAUGAUGAAUGUGAGUUGUUAAGUGAUGAACCAACUGAAAAAAAAACGAAGAAAACAAAUCCACUCGAUUUGUUACCACCAUCAUCUUUUUCUCUUGAUGAGUGGAAGUACAAAUUUAGCAACGAAAAGGAUCUCCUCAAUGUUGCUAUGCCACAUUUUUGGAAAACGUAUGAUGCUAAUGGAUUUUCUUUAUAUUAUAUGAAAUAUGACAAAUUAGAAGAUGAGUGUCAAAUAUCUUUCGUUGCUUGUAAUAUGGCUGGUGGCUUUUUGCAAAGAUUAGACAAUAAUUUUUCCAAGUACUCUUUUGCUGUUAUCACUGUGUUGGGUGAAAACAAGGACUAUGAUAUUGAAGGGGUUUGGCUAUUUAGGGGUACUGAAAUUCCUUUCGAGAUGAAGGAUCACCCGUCGUUUGAGUACCACGUGUUUAAAAAGUUGGAUGUCAAUAACAGCGCCGAUAAGCAGAUUGUGGAAAACUACUGGUGCUCGAAGGAGUCCGUCGGCGCGCGCCCUCUCGUCGACCGCAAGGUUUGGAAGUGA